AGUCAGCUCUCCCCAAUGUAAAUCAUGUAAAUCUUUGUAAAAAAAAAAAAUUCGGAUAACCGUCACUUUCCUAUUGCUUACAAGCAUUUGUUUUACGGAAUAAAUAAUUCUCAUUUUCAAAUUAUAAAAGCCACCAAGCAGCUAUGAAUUCAGCAACUAGUGGACUGAUUUUCUUUACAAUGUUAUUUUUUACAGAAUACGUCCUUUGCUCCAACACAACUCAAGAAAGUGAAAAAACAAAUGCUCAGUUGGUGACAGAAAUAGUAAACCCGACCGUACAACCUCCAGGUGAAUGCCCUUCGAUCGAUGUCUGCUAUGCGACGGCUUAUGCAGACAUAACUGCUGACCACAGUAACAAUGUUCUUGUCUGCAGUAAAUGGAAAACAAUGGUGUCAUGUCUCUACGAAGCUGUCCAAAGCUGUGGUGAUACGGAUAUCCUCGGCAGUUCAUAUAUCAUUGAAAAGGCUAUUGCCGACGCUUGUGAAUGCACUUCAGGAUCGUCUGGUAUUACAGUGUCUGGUGGCAUCACAAGAAUGCUCACUGUCGUCUUACUGCUUCAUGGAUCCGUGUUGAAUGUCCACAUGUAUUUCAAUGUGAAUUAACUAAAAUUUGCUGUUUAAUUUCCCAGACUUUUUUAUAUAAUGUGAAGAAGAAAAAGUAAUAAAUUGUCGUUUUCUUGGCAA